AUGGACGACAUCAGCCAGGUGGUGAAGAACUACUACGCGGUGAUUGGGCAGAAAGACGAGGACAUAUUCGAACUCUACAGAGACAAUAGGCGCCUGCAGAAGGAGCUGGAUGAGGCGAACGCAGCAGGGGAGGAGGCGGAGGCGGAGCGGAGCACGCUGAAGCUGCUCGUUGCUGCGCUGCAGACUGAGGUGCGGGAAAAGCAGGCGCUCAUUGAUGCACACGCAGCAGAGAGUGCUCCUCUUCGAAGCGCUAUGUGGCGCGCACGCGACCUUUUACAGAUGCCCUCCGAGCUCGACUACACUGCGGAGGACGUCAUCGACGCCUGUGUCAAUCUUCACUCCGAGUGCCGUGAGUUGCGGGUGCAACGGCAGCAGUUGGCUGAUACUGCGAUGGGUGGCUGGUCGCUGGCGUGCCGCACGCUGAUCGAGUCAGAACAGCUGCGGCGCGGCGCCCUUGUUGAUGCCUGUGACGGCGCAAAUGCAUCGAUGGUACGGCUCUUGCAAAGAAUCCGUCAAGCAGAGGUCGAGCAGCAGCUGCUGCGCGAGAUGUGUGAGGAAGCCGACCGGGAGCGGUGCCGCGAGGUGGAGCUACUGGCGAAGCGGGCACAGGUGGAGCUGCGGCAACAGGAGCGUCUCGUAGAGGAGUUGCAGGAGAGGGUAGCGUCUGCCGACCGCCGUGUGCAGCUGCUGGAGCAGCAGGUGCAGCAGGAGCAGGCAGAGAAGGAACUGCUGGUAGAGGCAGCGUGCACGCGCCUAGACUUGAUGGUGGAGCGGUGCGCGGACGCAGAGCGCAUGCUGGCAAUCGCGUUGAGAUAUCUCUUCCGUUGUGGCAAGCAGCUGCAGGAGUCCACCAGCGAGGUGGCGGCCCUCCAGGGAAAAAAUGAAAAGCUGCAGAGCAACCUGUCUCAUGCGCGAGCGCUCCUCCGGCGGAAACAGAAGCAACCGCAGCAGGAGCAGCAACAGUCCCGGUUAGAUAUGAGUGGUGUCGCCGACGACGCACAGAGCGAAAUGUCGCCUCAUUUGGGCCCACAACCACAGCGAGGAGAAAAAUACCACGAUAACGGCGGCGCCUUCCGCGCGCUACAGAUGGAACACGAGUCGCUCAAAAUGGAGUGGCGCAGGUGUGUGGAGAGGGAGCGUGCGGCGCGACACCAGGCAGCGGCCUCAGCGAGCCGUAUGAAGGCAGAGCGCACCGCCUGCGAGGCGGCGGACGCAGAGUGUCAGCGGCGCUGCGCCACGCUUGAGGCGGCGCUGCACCGC